AUAGUUUUCUAGUUACGCCCCGCCCUCCCUCGCGCAUGCGCAGUGUGUCCAGGACAAUCAUCCAGUGUGCAAGAGGAAUUGUACAGACGCUGAAUAAACGCUUUAAGAUGGCCAGCAGAACCGAGUCCAUCAAGGACCUUUGCACCCCAGCUUUCGUUGUGGACCUGGACAUUGUGAGAAGAAACUCAGACGCGAUGCAGGACCGCUUCCGGAAGCUCGGAGUGCAGCUCCGACCUCACAUGAAAACCCAUAAGACACUUGAAUGUGCAGACAUCAUGACUAGGAACUCACGAAGGUGCAUUGUGGUGUCCACGUUGGCCGAGGCUUCUUUCUAUGCUGAUGGUGGUUAUGAUGAUAUCCUUUACGCAUAUCCAGUAACCUCUGACAAAGUAAAGCGCUGUGCAGAGUUGUCUGAGAGGCUUUCUUUAUUCCAUGUACUGGUGGACAACAGUUUGGCUCUGCAAGAGCUGAAGGCGAGACCACUGAAGCAGGGUAAAGUCUGGCAUGUGUGGUUGAAACUGGACUGUGACAAUGGUAGAGUGGGCGUACCUCACUCUGAUCCUGCUGCCCUGCAGUUAGCCAAGGACAUUUCAGAGACAGAAGGGGUGGAGCUUACAGGAAUCUACGCUCACUGUGGAAACACCUAUGGCUGUAAGGGGGAGGUGGAAAUUAAGGCUGUUGCCCAGGAAACAACAAAUAUUGUGCUGCAGUUUGUGAAAAAGCUAAAAGCUGUAGGAAUCCAUGACGUGCUGUCUAGCAUUGGUUCCACUCCUUCAUGUAGCCACCCAGUUUUAGACAUGGCUAUGUUAAGUGAGGUCCAUCCUGGAAAUUAUGUAUUUUACGAUGUGCAGCAGUCACUCAUUGGCUCCUGUAGACAUGAGGACAUUGCAGUGCGGGUGCUGACAAGGGUCAUAGGUCACUACCCACAUAGGAACCAGCUCCUGGUCGACUGCGGCUGGGCCGCCUUGAGUCAUGAUGGUGGAGGCCGUUUGCCUACAGGCUACGCAAUCAUCGAGAACCAUCCAGAACUAAAAUUGGUGUCAAUGACUCAGGAACAUGGCAGAGUGGAGCCUAUCUCUGGAAAACUGGAUUUCAGUCAGUUCCCUCUGGGCUCCAUGCUGUCCCUCAUGCCUUACCAUGCUUGUGCUACAGCUAUGAUGCAUCCAGUCUACAUUGUCCAUUCCAAAGGAAAGGUUGUAGGCACUUGGACACCCACACGUGGAUGGUAACCAGCCAAAAAAAACACAGCAAGACUUCUUUCAGGAGUAUUUAUUAAUCAUUCAGCUAUUAAAAAAAGGGGAGAAAUGGUUUAGUAAAUAACAAAAAUUUGAAGAAUGUGUUCAGUUUGAACUUUAUUAAUGGUUGGGGUAUAGCAAUGAAAAUGAAUGAAUUAAAUCAGCGUUUCUUAUGAUCUAUAAGAUGGUACAAGGCUCAUCAGAUCGAGGUACCUAAAAGAUUUUCUGUGCAUUUUAAAAUCAAAUAAACUAAUAAACACUGAUCUGUUUUCACAGAAGUAAAAAUUUUACCCUUGCAAGGUUAAAGAUAAACGCUAAAAAAUGUUCUUACCGCACAUUAUUGUACAGACCUACACUACUGUACUGUAUAUCACAAAAAGAAUAUGAACACCUGACCAUCACACCCAUAUGUAGUUCUUCCUCAAACUGUUACCACGACGUUGCAAGCACACAAUUGUACAGGAACUCUUUGUGUGCUGUAGGGUUACAAUUUCUUUUCAUUGGAACUAAGAGGCCCAAACCUGUUCCAGCAUGACGAGGCCCCUGAGCACAAAGCGAGGUCCAUGAAGACAUGGUUUGUUAAGGUCGAAGUGGAAGAACUCGAGUGUCCUGCACAGAGCCCUGACCUCAAUCCCACUGAACACCUUUAGGAUGAACUGGAACACCGAUUACACCCCAGACCUCCUCGUCACCCCGACAUCAGUGUCUGAUCUCACUAAUGCUCUUGUAGCUGAAUGAUCACAUCCCCACAGCCACGCUCCAAAAUCUAGUGGAAACCCUUCCCAGAAGAGUGGAGGUUAUUAUAACAGCAAAGGGUGACUAAAUCUGGAAUGAGAUGUUCAGAAAGCACAUUUGGGUGUGGUAAUCAGGUGUCCACAUAGUUUUGGCACUAUAGUGUAACUGUAUGAAAAUGGGUGUAGUAAACGUGAUCCCAGGAAGCUGUGGAGCAUAAAGAUAGAAUCCCAAAGGCUUCCUCACUCGACUGUAUUUUAUUUUAGGUGUGUACUUAACUGUGUGUACGUAAUGACAGGCUGCUCCUCUCACCACAUGAAGCAGUGUGUCUACAAUUCCACUGCUAAACAAACGUGUGAAUCAAGAACUCAUUGAUUUUAAGCUAUAUUCAUUAGAUUUUUAUUGACUAACUACACAUGUUUCAGUGUAGAAUAUGAAUGGUCUCAUUAAGUAUAAACGCACAAAUGCAGUUCUCAAAUGUAUUUUGAUUUAUAAAUGUGCAAAUGUUAAUUUUUUUUUUCCGAUGUUAGAUUUGUAUUAUUAAUAAAAUGUAUGAAAAUGGA